GUAUUGAGCUUCCGUAGAAGAUUUUGGUUUCCAUAGAGACCGUCUCUCAUAGCGGCCACCGAUCACUUAGCUUGGAACAACUAGAACAGAGGACAAAGUGGUCUAAGCUUUGGCGCACAGUGCAAUCAGCUGAAAAUGUCUUUCCGAGAUUUAAGAAAUUUCACAGAAAUGAUGAGGGCCUUGGGCUAUCCUCGCUUGAUCUCUAUGGAGAACUUCAGGACUCCAAAUUUCUCUCUUGUGGCAGAAAUCCUGAAAUGGCUUGUGAAGAGAUAUGAACCUCAGAGUGAUGUUCCUACUGAUGUGGACACAGAAGCUGACAGGAUAUUCUUCAUCAAGGCUGUGGCCCAGUUCAUGGCAACAAAGGCUCACAUCAAGCUGAACACUAAGCGUCUCUACCAGGCUGACGGCUAUGCAGUGAAAGAGAUGCUGAAGAUCACCUCAGUCCUGUACAGUGCUAUGAAAACCAAGCAGAUGGCUCUGGGAGACAAAGUUGAGCAGGACAACAACAAGUUCAAGUUUGACCUUGGCUCUCGGAUUUCAGAUCUUAAAGCAGCUCGGCAACUGGCGUCCGAGGUCACGUCCAAAGGAGCAUCCUUAUAUGACUUACUGGGGAAGGAGGUGGACUUAAGGGAAAUGAGAAGUGCAGCCAUUGCCAGACCUCUGGAGAUCACUGAGACUGAAAAGGCCCUGAGAGCUGCCAUCAAGGAGGUUUUGAAAAGUGUGGAUAAGACCAAAGACAUGCUGAAUAACGUUGUUUCCGAUGAGGCCACUCUGGAUGGCAAGAUAGAAAAGAAGAAACAGGAGUUGGAGAGGAAUCGGAAAAGGCUCCAGACCCUGCAGAGUGUCAGACCAGCGUUCAUGGAUGAAUACGAGAAGAUCGAGGAAGAUCUGCAGAAACACUAUGAGACCUACGUGGAGAAGUUCAGAAACCUCUCCUUUCUGGAGUCUCAGCUUAAUGAGUACCACAGACUGGAACAGGAGAGGUUUGAGGAAGCUGAAAACACUCUGAGGUUAAUGCAGAACAAACUGAGAGAAGAGGAAAGGGAGCUGAUGAAGAGUUCCUUGAAAGACGAGGACUCGGACAUAGACGUUCCCGAGGAUGAAGGUUCAGACAGUGACAUGGAGGAACUGCGUCCCGCUAAGCCACAUCUCACUCGAAACGGCCUCAUGACAGGCAGAGGAGCACGUUUCAUCGGGAACAUGCAGGGUGGUGACAGUGAUGAGGCCCUUUUAGCUGUUUCCAGAACAUCAUUCCCCCAUAAGAAAAAACACCGGAAAGGAAAGACUGAAGAUAGUGAGAUUGAUGUGGACGAGGAUGAUGAGGAAGAUGACGAAGGUGAGGAGGAGGAGAGCAAGGAUUUGGAGGACGAGAGCUUGGAUGACCCCAUAUCCAGGGGUCCUCGACCCUCAAGAGGGGGUAUGAGGCCCCCCCUGCUUGAGGAAAGCGACAAUGACUUCUGAAUAAAGAACACUCACACAUGAUGAGCUCCAGCUAUGUUUUUAUUCCAGCUCUAGUUAGACCGUCCAAGAAAUAUGCAUUACUGUUUCACAGCGUGCUGUUUUUGAAUCUUUAUUGUCAAUAUAGUUCAUGUUCUUUGAU